AUGCCUUUUCCUUUUGGUAAGUCUCAGAAGAGUCCAGCUGAAAUAGUGAGAUAUUUAAAGGAGAAUGUUGCAUCCUUGGAAAAGUUGGAUGCUGCUGACAGCAAGAAAUGUGAAAGGGUGGCAGAGGAGGCCUCCAAACACCUCGCUUCUCUGAAGGAAGUGCUUUCUGGAACUGGUGACAAGGAACCUCAAACCGAAGCUGUGGCUCAGCUUGCUCAAGAACUAUACAACACCAACCUUCUCAUUGCACUCAUAGCAAACCUGCAGAAGAUUGACUUUGAGGUGUGGAAAGGCAAGAAGGAUGUGGUCCAUUUGUUCAGCAAUAUUGUGAGACGUCAGAUUGGAACUCGCACACCCACAGUGGAAUACAUUUGUACACACCCAGAGAUCCUCUUCAUGCUUCUUAAAGGAUAUGAGAGUGCUGAAGUGGCUUUAAACUGCGGCAUGAUGCUGCGGGAAUGUCUGCGCCAUGAGCCUUUGGCAAGGACGGUGCUCUUCUCUGAAGAUUUCUUCUGCUUCUUCCGUUAUGUGGAGCUCUCUACCUUUGACAUCGCCUCAGAUGCCUUUGCAUCAUUCAAGGUGUCCACAGAGUAUGAAAAGCUUCUCCACUCCGAGAACUACGUCACCAAACGACAGUCUUUGAAGACACAACUUCACCAUCAUGACAAAGUACAUCAGCCGUGCAGAGAACUUGAAGCUGAUGAUGAACAUGCUUAG